CGGAAGUACUGCGCUUUGUUCUGCCUGACUUGACGCUGGCCAGGCAUUGUAGCUUUCCGUCCUGAUGAAAAUAUCAAAGUGUGCACUACUGUCCUUGUAUUCUAUCACAGAGCAGGGGUUUCGCAGUCAGUACCGGAUCACCAGCGGAACACAGUGGGUAGAGAGUCCGGCCUGAGUGUCACUGUCCCCGGGCUUCGGAAAGCACAAGGUCCCCCCUCUGUCUGACGGAUCCCCGGCUUGUGGAGCAGCUUUCUCCUUGGAUGACCUACACGCAACCUCUCUCAGGAGCAGCAGACGUCGAUUCCUUACAGCUGAGCACCUGCUGGUUAGGAGGUGCAGUAUUAUCUAGACACAGUGAGUAACAAGCCAAAGCGAGGUUUGUGCAGGCUUCAGGCCGACUCUGGAGCACCUGACCUGGGGAACAAAAUAAGACACGUUACGAAAACCUUCUCCUUAACGUGGCUGCGUCAGGAGGAGCGGACAGAGGACUGCCAGUUGCAUAGUUGAUAUUUCAUGUGCGCAUCUGAUAAGUAAGAAGACAGACAGAGUUUAAACACGGACACUGCAGGAUAUUUCGGCGUUCACAUGAUGUACACAAUCACCAGAGGUCCCAGCAAACUUGUUACACAGCGGCGGACAGGUCCAACACAACAAAUCGAGAGCAAAUGUUGCGACUUGAAGCUGAAGCCGACGUCUUGGCUCUCGUCAACCUCUCCUCCCCCAAAGAUCGUGUUCAAUCGUCUGAAUGGGAAGCGCUACCACGGUGCAGCCACACAGAAGAGCCCCUGCCCCGCAGAGGGAUUCACUCCUGCACAUGAAGAGAACGUCAGAUUUGUGCAUGAAGCAUGGCAGGAGGUGGAGCAGAAGAAGGGAGAUGGUGACGGUGUGGAGUCAACUGAGAGCCAGGGGCCCAUUCAGUAUACUGAGAAGACCCCCAGUGUUGCGAUGAAGAACUUUGUGCCCAUAGACCUGGAGGAGUGGUGGGCUCAGCGCUUCCUUGCCAACAUUGCCAAUCUGUCUUGACUGAGUGAGGCUUUGUGGCGGGACAUGAAGCACCGCGUCGAUGCUCCCUUAUAAAGGGCAUCACAAGACCGCAGAGGAGGCGAGUGACUCUCCAGGCCCUGCGUUGGGUUGUGCGUAAUUUGAUUUGAUGCCCUGUGCUUCACACUGCUGUAGAGAUAACUGGGUGCACAACACAAACUGUGUCCCCCCCCGCUGGUGCAACGACAGCGAGAUGACUGAACUCUGACAGCGCUGACACGAGGUUGCGCUGGUAUGAACAAAGUACCUGAUAGAAGUUGUGAACCAAGUGUUCUGGGCUGUUUGUACGUCUAGGCUGAUCUUUGGGUAGAAAUCUACUGAAGACCAAAACAAGUAAAAUGUUUUUAAAGAAAAA